AUGCUUUCUCAUAAAAUUCAUAUUGGCAGUGGGCUUGUUGCUUUGCUAUGCCUAUCAAUCGCUCAUAUAGCCAUAGCUGCUCCGACAACGACCUCUCUAGACAUUCGUGCGGCCGGGACUGUGGCCGAACACUUUGACCAGGGUGAAUUGGUCAAGCGUGUGAACAUAGGGCUGCUGAGCAUCAUUUUAAAUAGUUUCGAGAAGGUCGCCGAGACGGCUUGUGCUGCAGACAUCGAGCCGACUACCAAAGCAGCGAUUUGUGCCGUAGCGGUCGGAGGACUCGUCAUGUCGCUCGUAUAUGGGGCUUACAAAGCCUUCAAUACGAAUGCUAUGCUGGCUGCACGGCAAGAAAUGGAUCUCCGGCUUGCUUCAAAUAUGAUUCACACCAUUCCACGCAUCGAAGGAAAGUCGGCAACUUCAGUGAUGAAGGAAAACUAUGCCGGCAUUCCGUUGCUAGUAGGAUACAACGAUUGCUUCGACCCAGGCUGCUUCCAGGUCCACUAUCAGCCACAUACCACCAAAGGCGGUGCUUCCAUGCACCAUCUCUCGGUCAGCCCUCGCAACUCGACCCUCUCACGACGUCAGGACAACCAGGAAGCGUCGGACGACGACGGCCUUUAUGGUGAUUACCUUUACCACGAUGAGGACAAAGGAGCCGAAGGCGUGAUCAAUGACGACGAUUCCAAAUCAUAUGUUGUCGACACAAUCGAGAAGGAUAUGGAUAACGACGAGUGGACCAAUACCGGUGUCCAUUGCUUCAAUGUUCUUGAUACUGACAGUGGCACGCCCGCGUCUUCGGGCUACCUGGUCUUGAACAACGGCAACCCUUACCAGGAUCCGGACCAGGAAGACUCUUGGAUUGAUAAUUGCCAAUCCCGCUCCGAGAAGGUGAAAUUGCUUUAG